AUGAACCAAGCUCUACGAGCCAAUAACGACCAACUGAAGCAAGAUUUAGUUGUUUUGGGGAUGGAAAAGAACAAAGUACUUGUCGAAAAGCAGAGCUUACAGGAGCAAGUGGAGAAGUUUCAAGAAGAGAUUAGUCGUCUUCAAGAACUCAAAGCGCAGGUUGACAAGGAGCUGAUUGAAAGCCAGCGCAAGCAAAGCCACCUAGAAGUGCGCCUAGAGACGAUGAAGGAGCAGUUCGACAUUGAAGUGGAGAAUAGUGGCAAGCACCAACAGGAAAUCGUCCGAUUGGUGGCUCAAAUUGACGAGGGGCGAGUUAAAAUCGGAGUUUUGGAAGCAAUAUGCAACUUGUUGACUGCGGAAAAGCAGAAUACCGGUAUGCGUGCACAAGACAAGUUACGCAUUGAGCGGCUACUGAAUCAAAAGAUGGAGCUGGAAACACUUGUGGAGGCUACAAAGGCUGAUAAAAAGAAGGACGAAGAGCAGAUCCGGAAUCUGCGAACGUCGUUGGAAGCUUUAGACAACGAAAUUCAGCACAACAAACGCGUGUAUUCAGCGGGACAGCAAGCGUUCUUGCACUCAGAACGCACAUGUGAACAGCUGCGACUGCAAAUGGAGAGAAAUUUCGAAAAAGCCAAAAAGAAGUAA